AUGAUUUUUAUAUUAAAUCUGCUAUCUACAUUGGCUUAUGCCCAACGAGUUGCUAUAGUCGGAUGUGGCAUUGGAGGAGCAACAUUGUCUUAAUUGAUACCAAGUGCUGUUGUAUACGAAUCAUAUUAUUAAUGUGGAGGAAGAAUUAAUCAUGUUUUGAUACCUGGGUUGAGUGCCCUUGAAUUUGGGGCUACAUUCUUUAUUAAAGAAAAUGAAUAUGUUCUGAAAUAAAUCGAAUAAAGAAAUUUAGAAUAUUACAAGAGAGAUCUAGGUAAACUAGCAAUUGUAAAAAACAAAUAAUUUGUCUUGCAAAAGGCUGAUUCAGAUAUCAUUAACAUUCUAAAGAUGGUUUAUAAUUAUGGACUCUCGCCUAAAAGAAUGAAAGAUAUUACAGACUAAGUUUUAGUUAAUUUUAAGUCAAUCUACACGUUUUUAGAAAGUGGUUAACAUUAUAACAAUCUUAAUGAGUUCUUAUAGAUCAUUAAAUUGAAUGAUAUUAAAAUGAACUUUACAGAAUAUUUGAAUGAAAAUGGAAUUGAUCAAUAAUUUUAAGAAGAAUUUGUAGAUGCAAUUUUAUUAGCAAUUUACAACUAAAAGGAUGUUAAUACUAUUGCAGGGUUGAUCACUAUGGUUGCUGCCUUUAAUGAUGCAUAUUCAAUCAAAGGAGGAAAUAGAUAAUUAAUAGAUGAAGAGAAAAUAAAUGUUAUACAUUCAAAAGUUGACAUGAUACAUCGCUUGUAGAAUGGAAAGUAUAAAAUAUUUAAUGAUGAGUAUGAUUAUGUGGUUGUAGCUACUUUAGUCAACUUAGACAUAUCAUUUGAUAACAUUAGAGAAAUGAAUAAUUUUCAAUAUGUAAAAUAUUAGAGCACCUAUGUCUAUGUUGUUGCAGGUAAGAUUUCUCAAAAAUAUCUUGGCGUUAAUCCAGAAGAUCUUAAUACAAUCAUUAUUCUUGAUGAUGCUAAUCUCACUGAACUCAAAUAAGAGUGUGUAAAAUGUUUCUAAGGUUGGAAUGUCUAUAAGGUACAAGGAAGAUCAGAAUUAUAGUUAGACCAGAUCUUUGAAACCCAUUAAAUAGUAUAUAAAAAAGUAUGGGAUGCAGCAUAUCCAUAAUUUAGUUAAAAUUUAUUGAAAACAGAAUUUGAAUAUGAAAAGAAUUUCUUCUACUUAAAUUCAAUUGAAGGGUUAGCCUCAUGCAUGGAACUUAUAAUGAUUCAAGCCAAAAACAUAGCCAAUAUUAUCAAAGAGAGACAUAAUUUAUUAAUGCAUGAAGAUUUAUGA